CCCAUUGCUAAUACAGUGUCGGUGUUCAGCUGCAGUGUGUUUAUGUGUUGUUUUCGGGUGAUGUAUUUAUUGCACAUAACGUCGAGUGCUUUGCUUGAUGAAACAAAAAACAACCCGGUGGCAUCACUGACGUUUACGUACAACAUAAGUGAAGCCAGCAUUAGCUGGAUCACUGGAUCAAUUUCACAUGCAAUUUGACAGCUGAUUCAUCGAAACACGGGGAAAACCAGUGUUCAUACGUGCAUACAGUGUCGGUGUUCAGCUGCAGUGUGUUUAUGUGUUGUUUUCGGUGUGAACCGUGUUGAAGUGAAGUUCAGUUUUAGUUUUUUUUUUAAAAUCCCCCGAAGAGUUCCAAGAAAUUAACUGGCGCAGUCGGAACGGAUUAGUGAAAAUUAGAAAAUAAAAACAGUGAUAGUAAUUUCGAGAGGAUAUCGGAAUUAAAAUCGACUCACGGAAACUAAACGGAGGAUCACCGUACGGUCAACCGGAAUCAUUAAGAAUUCUCGUCAAACCCUGGCAAACGGAAAAAAUACAACUACCCAUGCUUACACUCCUGCUCAUCCUAUCAAUGAACACUCCAUCCCAAAACCAAGUCCUACAGAUUAAUGAUAUUACCAACAACGCAGGAGCGUUGAUACUGCAAGAGGGAGAAGGGAGGAUAAUAGACGGUUACGACAGGUUGCUGCAUGUGAUUGACUUUGUAAAACUAGAAGCAUCUGUGUUAUUUAUCGAAAACAUGAUUGGUCAGUUACAGAAUUCACCUAGUGACUUUUCGGACAUUAUAAAAAUGAAAUUGAAUGAAAUCAGAUUCCUUUUUAAUAUGCUACAAGUUAACCCAAACAGAAACAAAAGAGCAAUUAAUAUGUUAGGCAGUACAAUUAAAUUUAUCACCGGAAACUUAGAUGCAGACGAUCUAGCACUGAUUAACAGCAACCUAGACGAGCUUAGAAAAUCUGGAAACACUAUCAUAAAGCAAAAUAACAGGCAGAUAAAAAUUAAUACUAAAUUCGAAAACAGAAUAAACAUUAUGACAGAUCAAAUUAAAAACCAACAGAAUGCCCUAAAUAGUAUUCUUAAAGAUAAUGAUUACAUCAUUAGCGAAAAUCAGAAAAUUCAAAUUGUCUUUCAACUAAACACAUUUAUAGAAACUCUAAAAUCAAUCGAAUACGCUAUCUUGCUUACUAAACUAAACAUUAUAAGUAAACUAAUUCUUACACCAAAAGAAAUUGAUUUAAUAGCACAGGAGAUUUCAAGCCAAGGUUUAGAAAUUCACAGCCUCGACGACACCAACAACUAUCUCACCACCAGCACCCUAUAUAGCGAAUCAACCCUCAUCAUCAGCGUUAACAUACCACGACUUCUUCCAACCACAUACCGGAAAGUGAGCAUCGAACCUUUGCCAAUACUGAACCAUACAGCCAAACUGAUGCAUAAUGAAGUCUUAAUGAACUCAAAUCAAAUCUUAGCGAUUGUUUCAAAAUGCCAACAAAACCGCAAAGUUACUUUAUGCGAAAGAAGACAGGUAAUCGACAUUAGCGAAAACCCGUGUGAAGCCGCAUUAUUGCAAGGACGUUUUGGACAUUGUAAUCUCGUGGAAAAACCUCCAACCACAGAAGUAAGAGAAAUAGCCCCAGGUACGCUGCUGAUACUAACCGUUCACCAAGACGUAAAUAUCAAUAGCACCUGUGGUAUCAAUAACAAAGCUCUGAGAGGCAUCCAUUUGAUAACAUUCCAUAAUUGUUCAAUUUACAUAAACAACGAGCUCUAUGAAAAUCUCGAAUUCCAAUUUUAUCAACCCAUAAUCACACCACUGGAACCGACGAAAAUAAAACCUAUGCAAAUUCAUAGACACAUUAACCUUUCGGAACUACAUGCCAUACACAUAGAAAAUCGAAAGCAUCUAGAGACAAUCGACAUUAAAAACAUAAUCGGAUUUGUAUCAAUAAGCACUUUAACAGUUUUUAUAUUGGCAGUUACAAUUUUUGGAAUCAUCAAAUACCAGCAGUUCGCGAAAACAGGUAAUUGCUCGGGACGAGCAAUACUUGCGCAAGGAGCAGUUAACGACGAAACCAAAUCUCAAAGUUUAACCGGCACAGGCCCAGGAAUCCGCGGCGUCAGCAGACAACAGGAAAUAACUCCAACGUCGAACGGCGAAGCCACAAGCAGGUGUCCAAACGCUAGGUGCACGUUAUGUGCUAAGUCAGGGAUUUAGGUUAUUCGUAAGCUCUCUGUAAUUAAUUUAACGACAAUAAAAUCAUUCCAGUGUGAACCGUGUUGAAGUGAA